CAAGUUCAUAAAUUCUCUCUCUAUAAUUUAAUAUCUCUCUCUAGGAGACUCUUGCUCAUUUUAAACUGCUCGUUGUUGUUUUAUCAGCAACUUGCACGUUGAUUUUUAAGCACGAGAGAAUUAAAAAUGCAGAGAGAAAUCUCAACCACCGGCAACGGCGGCGCGUGGAACUACAACAACACUCCGUUAUCAUCUCCGUCGGCACUCAGCCAACCUACAGCCUUUGAUCUAACGUCACUUUACACGUCAUUAACGGUGACGUCACCACGAUUCCGUCAAAAUAACAGCUCUAAUCAGUUACUAAAUAUUAACCAGCAUUAUCAACAAGAUCUAAUGGACCGUCAUAACAGAGUGUUAUCUCAGUUACUUGAAACAGAAAAGAAAACUCUAGCUCUUCGUCAAGAGAAUAUUAACUUGAAAAUGGUGAAUUUCAAUUUGAAUAAUCGACUUUCGUUGCUGCUAAAAGCUUCUUCAGAUUAUUAUGGCCAAAGUUCGAAUUUUCCGGUUAAAUUACGUGAGGAGACGUCGAGUGAUGGGCAUUCAUGGGAAGAUGUAGUUACGGAUAGUCAUUUGAGCCCAACUAGCGUGAUGGACUCGGGUCGGGCAGAUGGUGUGGAUCGGGUACAAUUGCCCAAGAGUAUAUCAGUGCGUUCUAAUGGUUACUUGAAAAGUAUUCAUGCAGCUGGUGGAAGUAGGCCAAAGAAUCUGACCAAAUCAUCAGUCCACACAGCGCAAAGGGUAUAUGUAAAAGGAGGUAAAAAGGAAAAGCAACCACUUGAGUUAGACGUGUACAAUCAAGGCAUGUUCAAGACUGAACUCUGCAACAAAUGGCAAGAAACAGGGGCAUGUCCAUAUGGAGACAACUGCCAAUUUGCUCAUGGCAUUGAGGAGCUUCGUCCAGUCUUACGCCACCCACGCUACAAGACUGAGGUAUGCCGCAUGGUCCUUAAUGGUGAUCCCUGCCCUUACGGACAUCGUUGCCAUUUUCGCCACACACUCACUGACCAAGAGAAACUCAUCAGAUCACUCAACAGUACUUCCAGGCCUUAAUUUGACAAACACUUCAAAAUGAUCAAACUAAUAAUAAUAACUUGAUGAUGGUGAGAACCAAUACAACUUAAAUUGAAAGAUCUGUUUAUAACCAAGUAAAAUAAUUGAAACACUCGUGAAAAAAGAAUGAAUGCAAAUUGAGAAAAUGGCUCUGCAAGUAAAAGAAUAAAUGCAUCACAAGUCAAGAGGGGGUUGGUGUUGUGAUAAAAGAGAGUGGCUUAAUUGCAUAGAAGGUGGAUGCUGCUGGACUCAUUAUUCUAGUAACUGCGUUUACGUUAAUGGUACAUUUGUUGAUACAUAAUGAUACUUCUGACCAAGUGUUUGUUUGUUUUGUCUCUUCCAAAGCCUAGAUAAAGCCCCCUUUAUUGAUGAUUAAUUCCUCCAACCAUGUCUUUGAUUGUAAUUCAAAUGUUGAAUAUAGACUCCACUGUAAGUUGCUGAUUUCUUUUCUUUUGAGUACUUCUUUUGGAAAUGUAAUCAUAGUAUAUUUCUAGCAAAUGUGGUUAACAUGGUCUCCUAAUCUUACGUUUGUCGCCUUCUUGUUGUCAUG